AUGCGGAACCACUCGUUUGCCAAGUCCAGACGAACCCUUCAGGAAACGAAUGAACCACUGCCAGUCAUUGGUAAAAAGUCGCAAAGCGGCAAGUGUAUCAACCAACGCAAACCAGUCAACCAAGAAGCGCUGGCUGGCGCCAAUGGUCAAGGCGUGCUUGUCGCAUCCCAAACUACUCGCCCCGACAAAUCGCUGGAGCUCCAACUCAUGGCUUAUGAGGACCUAGACGUCACCGUUCCCCUCUCUUUUGAACAAAACGGCCCAGCGCCCAUCUUGAAAACCAGGCAUCAACUCCGAUUUUUCGAGCGUCUCUUGGUUCCUACUUGCAUCGUGCGCGGCUUGAAACUUGGCGAGUGCGACGCCAACGUUGUCAUUAUAUGCAAGAAAGCGCAGGGGUACACUCCCAGUGGGCUGCUGUUUCUCGUGGUGGGGUACCAAGCAUCGCCAUCCGUUCUGUCGUUGCGGCUGUCCGACACCGAGUACGACGCGUGGGGGUACGGGCGUGCCGUGUCAGGUUUUGAACUCUUUUGCCGGUGGCUUUGUGUGGUGUAUGUGAAACGCAAGCGCCGCUUUAAUCUAGUGUGGUGUGGAAGUGCGUGUCCGCGACCACUGCGAGCUCGUGUUGACGACGAGGCGGUGGUGUGCAUCCACAAGGAAGGGAUGAAGUUGCCAUCCUCGACAUCAUCGUUUGGCCACGAAUAUGCAUUGGUCGCCAUCUACCUUAGACAAACAACGUCCACGUUGACGUUUGUUGUCGCCAGUAUGGGCAACCAUUCCGUGGUAGAAGUCUCCACCAACAUUGACGAGACCAUCGCAAAUGACUUUGAAGUGUGUGCCUCGUCCUGCGACAGUGCAGUGGACGUGACAUUCAGGCAACGACGACGACAACGUGUAGUUUCAACGGCUGUGACGACGUAUAGCAUCGGUGACUUGACGUCGUGCCCGAUAGUGUUUGCUGGCUCGGUUGCAUUGACGGAUGGCCCGAGUUCCCACGUCCAAGUGUACGACAGUGGCAUGAACUACGUCGUUCGAUCCACAUCUGGCGGGGAAGCAACCCACUACGCAACCGUGUGCAAAGACGACGUGAAUCCCUUGGGAAUAUCGCUUGGAACUCAAGAGCUCCGUGCUAUGUUUGCCGACACACGAGUGUAUGGAGUCAACUGUGCCGUCAAUGUGCCGUGGCUGCAGCACUGCAUUUGCACGUAUGCUCGGAUGUUCAGUGUUGCUCGGUUUGGCAUUCAGCAGCAUGGCCGGUAUUACCUUGUCACUGUCGUGGUCAUGCAAGAUAAACUCGAGUAUCGAAGCGGCCUUGUGUUCCGAGCCAUGCAGAUCCGAGGGCCCUUGGGUCAAGGCGCGGCAGCAGUGUCGUUUUCGACUGUGCUUCGAACCACAAACGGACUCAGCUCUGUCGUGUUGGGGCUAAGCGCCCCCUGUUCUGAAGUGACCAGUGACGACCAGAACUCGCUCCAUGCAUCCUCACAACCGGCAGAAUGUGGUGAAAUUAUGCAUUGCCAAUCGUGCCUGAACAGGAUCUGCAACGUUUUGCGAGGCGGGGGUGCCGUGGACGUUUGCUUUCACCAGGCUAUUCCCGUCCGCGUCUGCUUUAAUGUCCAAACCGUCGAGGACGCGAAUUUUGGAUUGACAGGACGCUCCGUCCAACACUACUUGACGGAAGGGCAUUGGCGGGGACUGGCUGUGUUUGUCGUGCCCACUGAAGAAUUUCACUUGGGUGGCCGCGAAAGCCAAGACGUGGACUUGGUUCAUCGAAUACACGACCUCGUUCAACAGCAACAUGACGUGGCAGCGUGUGACGCAUCCAGCAUCGACGCCCCCAACUUUGAAAACUACUUGAUCGCCGAAGCGCUGGUGAUGGAAGCAACCAUGAUGUGCUACUCUGCUUCGUCGUUGAAAAAGCCAAGCACCAUCACUGGGGCGUCCAGUUGGAAGUUUGCAUGCCAACUGCUGACUAAUCCGCACCGAUUUUACGAACGCUUUAACCGCCACGUGGCGUGGGCAACCAUGUCCGAGUCCGUAGCGACAACUCUGCUCCAAUUCCAGUCCCAUCCGGAAUGGAAACUGGUCGACCAAAUCGACCAAAUGAAGGCCCCAUUCCAAGCCCUCUACCGAUGGCUGGACAACGGUAUGCAUCUGUUGCAAGCCAUUCGAGAUCGAAAUGGGCUGCUCAGCCACGAUUUCACUAGUCCCACCAACGCAUGGACAGUCGUGGCCGUUUGA